AUAAAAUACAAAAUUUGAAUGAAGAUAAUGAGAAGAACAGUCAUUUCAUCUAUGAGAAUGCUGAAGACAGUAACAAAACCAAUGCUGAAGCUGCAGACACUUCUGUAUACAACAUUGAAGCCAAGGACUUACCUGAUUCUUGGGACUCCCACAUUGGAAAAACAGCAGACUCUCCAUCAGAAACAUCUCAGAUGAAAGGGCCAUUAAGAACUCACUUGUAUGAAUGGGAGGAUGAAACUGAAGACACCAGAACUGGAGAAUAUGUAUUAGAUUUUGGUAACGAACAGCUCUCCGAGGUGAAGAGCAAGGAUGAAGAAUGUGAUAAAGAAGAUAAUGAAAAUCCAAAGGAAGCCAUUAGUGAAGAACUUGUGCAAACUAUUCCUAGGCCAAGCAACUGUAGGACAUACUGUCGAUCCAACAAAGCAAAACAGCAGGGGACAACAAAUUUUGACAAGCUAAUGGAUGGCACUAGCCAGUCUUUAUCCAAACCAAAUAAUGAGUCAAAUAAUGACAGUCUGAACCCAGCAAGGAAAGUUUCCUUAAGUAGUGGGACCAGUUUUAGAGGGACGGUUGGACGGACUAGAGACUACACUGUUCUACAUCCAUCUUGCUUGUCAGUUUGUAAUGUGACUAUACAGGAUACCAUGGAACGAAUGGAUGAAUUUACUACAGCAGCCCCUACUGACUUGGGAGAAGCUGGACGCUUAAGGAAAAAAGCAGAUCUAGCUACUACAAAAACUACAACCAGGUUUAGACCGAGCAAUACCAAAUCCAAAAAGGAUGUCAAAUUAGAGUUUUUUGGGUUUGAUGAUCAAGAUGAGGGAGGGGGAGAUGAAGGCGCCUCUAGAAGUUCUGGGAGUUCCAAUUACAAAAUCAAGUACUUUGGGUUUGAUGACUUGAGUGAAAGUGAGGAUGAAGAUGAAGAGUGGCAGGCAGCAGAAAGGAAAGCUAACAAAAAACGAAGUAGAACGGCACCAUCUUCUUCACUACAGUCAACCUCUGAUGGCAAUGAAAACUGUUCCCAGGAUAGCCAGCUCAGUACUAAUGCAGAUCUUAUGGAGUUUUCAGAGGAUGCAUCUGGUGUGCCUGAAGGCAAUAAGAAAUCCACAAAUAAACAAGGUGAUAAAUCCAAGGAAAACACCAGGAAGAUUUUUAGUGGGCCAAAGCGGUCUCCAACAAAAGCUGUGUAUAAUGCUAGACACUGGAACCAGCCAGAAUCAGAGGCUCUGCCAGCACCACCGGUUUUGAAAACUCCCAGUGUUCCAGUAAGGCUAUCUUCAAAGGAGGCAAUUCAUAAAGAUGAUGGAGUUUUUAAGGCUCCUGCACCACCUCCCAAAGUGAUAAAAACUGUGACAAUACCUACUCAGCCCUAUCAAGAGAUAGUAACUGCAUUGAAAUGUAGGAAAGAAGACAAAGAAUUGUACACUGUUGUUCAGCAUGUAAAGCACUUCAAUGAUGUAGUGGAAUUUGGUGAAAAUCAAGAGUUCACAGAUGAUAUUGAGUACUUGCUAAGUGGAUUGAAGAGCAAUCAGCCCCUAAACACACGUUGCCUUAGUGUAAUCAGCUUGGCGACAAAGUGCGCCAUGCCCAGCUUCCGAAUGCACCUGCGAGCACACGGGAUGGUAGCCAUGGUUUUCAAAACACUGGAUGAUUCCCAACACCACCAGGUAUGCUUGCCUUGUGUACUGCAUUACAUUUUGAUGAUACCUCUCUACUGUGUAUGAAUUUUGUGCAAACAUUAUUAGAGGUCAAGCGUCCAGUAGAGUGUGU